UGUGGAAAAAUUUUAGCGGUCGCGGGACGAUUAAUAAAAAAUAUAAUGAUGAUAAUCAUCAGUUAUUCCAUAGAUAAUACACUCUAAACUAGAUAAGUUAAUCAGACUUCGGAGGACUUAUUUUAUUCGUCCGGUUGGCUGACGACAAGACACUUCUUAAAUACUUUAUAGCUUAAAUAGAAGUAAAUUUAUUUUAAAAUAGGUAUUCGUUCUUAUAGGUUAGGUAGUGAAAAGUUGUAAAUAUGUCAGAAUCCGAAAAUGCCGAAGUUGUUGAUCAAGAAAAUAAACAACAACCAAGAAAACGAAUACGCCACCGUAAAAAACAACUGUAUGAAAAUAUUCUGAAACAAAUGGAGUUUUACUUUAGUGACGCAAACUUAAGUAAGGACCGCUAUUUGGGUGAUCUUGUUAAUGUUGAUCCCUAUGUUCAUUUGACUGAAUUUUUAAAAUUUAAUAAAAUUCGAACAAUGACUCAAGAUAUUACGGAUAUAGCCAAAGCAAUGAAACAUUCCACCUUUUUGGAAUUAUCAGAAGAUAAACAGAAGGUUAAGAGAAAAAUACCAAUGGUACCAUAUGAUGCAGAUUUGAGAACUAUUUAUGUGGAAUCUAUCCCAGUCACAGCUAGCAGAGAGUGGUUGGAAAGAGUUUUUUCAGAUUAUGGUCAAGUUGCCUAUAUAUCUUUGCCAAAAUUUAAAAAUUCCCAAAAAAUUAAGGGCUUUGGAUUUAUAGAAUUUACCAAGCAGCAAGAUGCACAGAAGUGCAUAAAUGCUUUCACUGAAAUGGGUUGUAGACUACCCAUCUGUAUGCCACCUGAGGAAUUGUCUUCCAUUAAAAUGUUUUCUAAUGAAGAAAAGGCAGACGAAAAAGAGGAAAAAGAUCAUGAGCCACCAAAGAAGAAAUCUAAAAAGAACAAAGAAAAGAAACUACAAAAGAACUUAGAAUUGAAGUUAGGUACUGAGUCAGACAGUGAGAAGAGAAUUGAUACACCAACUCCCACUGAAGAAAAUAAAAGUAUUACAAGCGAGAUUAACACCCCAGAUAUCACAAUAUUUGAACGAGAUUCUACAGUUGAGGAACAUAAAGGCACAGAUAAAGAAUCCAAGGAUGACACUAGUCAGGAUGAAAGCAAAACUCUUGAAACUCAUAGAAAAAAGAGAGUUAAAAAGCGUUCAAAUAAAGAGAAAAUGAAAUCCAAGAGUAUUUAUAAUCAUGAAGCUCCAAAGGGUGCUUUAUGGGGACUGCAGGUUUUAUCCAAAUCAGAGUGGAAAACACUUAGAAAUAAGUACUUAAAUCUGCAAAGGAAAUAUAUGAAAGAGUUAAAGAACAAUUUGCAUAAACAGAAAAGAUAUGCUGGCAUGCCAGUGCCUGCGGCCCCAUCCAUUGAACUUGAUAAAGCAAACAGAGGUCUAGAGAUGGAUACAGUAAAAGCCCCGUUGGAGAAAAUAAGUGGUGUGUUUGUUAAAGAAGUACUGCAAGAACCCUGUCUUGAUGUCAAACAUACAAAGAGAACGAUUAAAACCAAUAUUCACGUGCAGCAUAUAGAAGUGAAGGAAGGACAAACAGAAGUCACCAUUAGAUUCGACUCGCCGAAGGCUGCUGAUGAAUACUGCAGCAACUCUGGUAAUAGAGCGCGGGUAUUGUGCGGGACAGAAGAAGAAGAUCAAUGGAGACGCGCGGAGCACGCUCGCACAGUCAAGAGGUUGCGCGGCCGAGAGAAGUUGCUCAACAAGUCGCAAGCGAGAUCCGCUUCUGGCAUGAUCGCGCCUGCCUCACCGCAACCUACACACACGCACAUACGAUUUGAUGAUGAAUAAUUAUUAUUUUUA